AAUUGCGUAAACACAAACCUCUGUAAUUAACUUGCGAGCGCUCGCUGCAAAAAUGGCCAAUUUGGCUAAGUUAUUUCAACGAAUUGCGAUUUCCACCGUGACGAAAGAUGUGCGCCAGACCGCCGUUCGACCCAUAUCACUGGAGAGUCUGGAGCGAUACCUAAACAAACCGAAACCCGGUACGGGAAAAGCGUACCGGCGCAUCGUUCACUACCCGGACGAGUACACCGUGGAGCCGCUGAACGUAACGAACCUCGCCGGUCGAGAUCCCGAAACUGGCAGGUUGAUCGCGAAAGGUAUCGGCGGUGGUAUCAAGCACAAAUAUCACUGGAUUAAAUGGGUACGAGAUGGACCGAGUGAAGGACCGCCGCAAGUGGAGAAGGUGAUCGAUGUGAUCGAUGAUGGGUGCCGCACGGCCAAGGUUGCGCUGGUAGCGGUGGGCAACGAAAUGAAAUACAUCCUGGCGACGGAAAACAUGAAACCGGGAGACUUGAUCAAAACAUCUCGCUUCAUCCCCCGAAUACCCGUCCGUGCGAACGAAGGUGAUGCGUAUCCGCUCGGUGCCUUGCAGGUAGGAACCCAGAUUCACUGCUUGGAAAAGUACCCUGGCCAGUCCUGCCAUCUGAUCCAUGCCGCCGGAUCCUACGGAACGAUUUUGCGCAAGUUUGGCGAUCUCGUCGUGGUGCAGUUACCGUCGAAGCAAGAGUUUGCCUUCCAGCAAACCUGCAUGGCCACCGUAGGCCGUCUGUCGAAUGUGGCUCACGCCAAGACCCCCAUUGGUUCGGCACAGAAGAAUCGCGAGCUAGGAAACCGACCGCGGUCGGGACUUUGGCAGCGAAAGGAUGGCCGUCAUGGGCGUAAGAUUCGACGGUUGCCACCGAUGCGAGUGAUUCCGGAACCGUCCGAAAAGGCGCCGGCACCGCUAAAGCUCACACUGAAACUGUAGUGCUGCAUACAUCCGCCGAAUCGGCCACUAGAGCAGUGCUAAGGAUUAGAAAUACAGUCCUCAUUGAAACGUU